UAUGCCAUUUAAAAUAAUACAAGCACAGCAGUGAAAAAUUUUCAAUAUGUCGAUCCCCGAAGUUUCAUCCGGCUCCUCAGUUGCGGAUUCGCUGCGCGGCAGGAAGGUGCCCCUUACGCGUCUCACCCAAAAGCUGAGGGAAAAGGCCGAUGGGGAGGCCAAGAAGGUCCUGUCCAGGGCCCAGUCCUUUUCGCAGAUUGCAAUGCGAACUUUGGGCACACGGUUUGAGUCACAUCAUCUUCUUGAACUGGACCAAUGGUGCAAACCCAGAACUCGAUUCCAUGAUGAGGCGGAUGUAAGUCUGCAUCCCAGCUAUGAAAUAAAGCAGUUCUCUUACGAUCUUAAUUGCUUUGUGCGAUAUCUGGAGGCAAAGGUUAAGUAUGACAAGCAGUUCAUGAGGGAAAUGGCACACAUCAUUGCCUAUCAACCCAAUAUCUGUGAGCAGUUUUUUCUGAAGCAAAUUCUUUGCUAUAAAACGCGCUGGCCUCCUUUGCAUACGAAACGGGAACUGAACAACUUUGUCUCCAAAUUCUUCCAAAUGACUCCGAAGGAGAAGAAGCGCGUCGAGUUUCUCAUGAAAACAAAUUUAAGCCUGGGUUGCUAAAGUUUAUCCAGUUGCAAACUAAAUUGUGCUAUUAAUUCCAUUUGGCAAUGGUUUAAUUAGCAAAUUUAAUUUGCAACAAUGCUUUGCAAUCCCGGCAAUUACUUUAUGAAAUAAAACAAGACAUACAUUAAACUAUUUAAUGUAUGGUUUGAUUUCUCUAUUCUGAAAUUAAUUGGAUAAA